AUGCGAAAAUUCGAAAGCGAUCGAUUGAGAGCUUUGUUCCUGUUUGUGUGCAGUUUAACAACAUUGACGUUGGCUGACUUGCAUCCAAUCUACAAAAUGAUCGAAACGAAAUCGAUUCCAACACCUUAUCCUGGGAAACCAUUGGACGUACAUGUUGGAUUCUAUGUGGAAAGUCUUGGAAAUUUUCAAAGUACAGAAAUGACUUUUGAUAUGGAUUUGUACAUGUAUAUGUCGUGGGAGGAUCCAGUGAUGGCACACAAUGGCACUGAUUACGUUUUAAUCAAUGACAAAGAAGUUCUUACAAGGAUGUGGUUACCUGAUCUCUACUUUGCCAAUGCGAGAACAGCUUAUUUUCAUGAAGUCACUGUGCACAAUUUCAACAUGUUCAUCAAUCCGAAAGGAGUUAUCGCAUAUGGGACAAGAGUGACUCUAAAUGUUGCUUGUACGUUGGAUUUGAAAGAUUACCCGCUCGACUCUCAGCAAUGUUUCAUCAAGAUUAUCUCUUAUGCUCAUGUUAAAGAUGAGAUGAACGCCACUUGGUUUAAUGAUGGACCGAUUCGAUUCAAUCCAGAAAUUGGAUUGCCCGAAUACCAUAUCACCGGACUUGAACAUACCACUUGUAAUGGGGUUUUUCAUUACACGAUCACGCACAACUCGAGUCGAAUUGGAGAUUUCUCUUGUUUAAUGGGCAUUAUCAAAUUGGAUCGAGCUAUUGGCUACCAUUUGGUUCAGUCAUACAUUCCGACUGGAUUGAUUGUUGCCAUUUCAUGGGUAUCUUUCUGGAUCGAUAGGAGAGCGGUACCAGCUCGAGUUUCCCUUUCAUUCACCACUCUUCUCACUCUAUCCACACAGGGAAACGGUAUUCGAUACGGUUUACCGCCAGUUUCCUACGCAAAAGCGAUUGAUUACUUUUAUGGAGUUUGCAUGUUAUUCAUCUUUGGCGUUUUGCUAGAGUUCGCACUUGUGAAUUCGUACAUGCGAAGGGCAAACAAGUACAAUUAUAUGGCCGAAAAGAUGCAACAAACCAGUGGCGGUGGUGGUGGAUCGACAAGGUCGAGGCACAAUGAUGCGUGCGGGAAUGGUAGCACGGAUUUCGACUCGGAUUCGAGCCCGCAAAAGCCUCUCAAUCACAUGAAUCGAAACGCUGCUCAUUUGAUCUACAAGUCGAUGAAGUACUCGCGGAAAGCGCUCGCAGUCGAUCAAAUCUCUCGAUUUGCAUUCCCAGCUAUUUUUGCUUUCUUCAACGUGAUCUACUGGAUGUACUAUUUGAAAGAGCGACCGGUAAAAGCCGAAGAUAUCAAAGUC